AGUUGAACUCGGACGAAUGAUUGAGGCCUCAGCGGUCAUAAGCGAGAGAACUGCUCAAUACUUCGAGGGUAAAGCUGUUUGGGUAGUCGGCGCCUCGUCUGGUCUGGGAAGGGCCAUAGCGACACACUUGAUAAAGAGCGCGAAGCCACGUGUGUUGGUGGUGAGUGCUCGACGGAGAGCGAGGCUAGAGGCAUUGAAGGAGUUAGCGGCUGCUGUGAAUCCCGCGGUGGCAGUCGAGACCAUACCAGUAGACUUGGCUGGAUCCUCUGAUGAGCAGCUAUCAGCCAUUGCUGCGACCGUCACGUCGCUUUGUGGAGAUGAAGGAGUUGACGUCCUGUUCAACUGUGCUGGAGUUGGCUAUCGUGGGACAGCCCUAGACACUUCAAUGGAGGUGCUUCGUGAGCAUAUGCAAGUGAAUUUCUUCGGUCAAGUUGCUAUCGUCAAAGGUCUACUCCCAAAAUGGUAUGAAACGGCUAAGUGUCGAAAGUUUCCUCCUCACUUGGUACAGGUCUCUAGCGUCCAGGGGAAAUUCGGCCAGGGUGGUCGUUCCGCGUACGCAGCAGCCAAGCACGCACAGCUCGGGUAUUUCGACAGUCUCCGCGCAGAAAUGGAGGCCGGUGGCAUUGGUCGCGUGACUAUGUGCUUGCCUGGUUAUAUCAACUCUGAGCACUCCGAGAACGCUAUGCUCAGUGAUGGCUCGAAAAAUGGUGUACAUGAUCAGAACGCAGCCAGUGGAUCAAGCCCCGAGUACGUCGCGAACGACAUCCUCUCCAAGGUAGCCUGCGGGUAUCGUGAAGUUGUAACCAGUCAAGCCAGCGGCAAAUUAGCUAUUGUAUUUCGGAAUAUAAUUCCAGAAUUGUUCCUCAACAAGAUGGCCCGACGGUAUGGCAAGAAAAUCAAUGACCCCUCUCCAACCCCCUCGUCGUUGAAACGCCUCGUCCCCUACGUUUGUGUACUUGCUGUAUUAACGACGUUGUCGUUAUUGUUCAUAUAUUGAAGUA